UUGCCUUUCCUAAGAAGUUGUCACACAAAUCGAAGUUAUAAUCUGUAAUUGUUCGAUCUUACAACAUUUUGUGGAAUUAAAAUAGAAGACGAAAGAUGAAAGUGUACUUGAUUGCAACAUUUUCAUUCCUAGCUGUAUUUGGAGUUGUACAAUCAUUUACUUCAGAUGAAUUCCAAGAUGCUAUGUGCUCAAUACCCGACAAAUAUCUGUACAGAUACUUAAAUUGCACUAUUAUUCAUGCCCCCAAAAUCUAUCAAAAGGCAACCGAUACUUUAUAUGAAUGCGUAGAUAGAUUUUAUGAAGUCGAUGGCAAAUUGGAUGCUCUUUUAACGUUUGCUUGUGACAAUAAUGUUCUCAGAGACAAGGAUGUAAGCACUUUAUAUUUUGCAGGCAGAUUUAUUCUUAAUAUUAAGUGNACAGGAUAUUAUUAA